CAUUUUCAAAUCACUUGCUGAACUCUUGGAGAAAUCUCGAGGAAACUUGAAGAAAUAUACUUUUUAUUUAAUGGAAAGCUCCAGUAAGGCCCAAGGAAUUUCACCAUCUCCACAUGACUGGACUGGGAGGAAGAAAGAGAGACCCUGGCUACCAGAAAUCUGUCAGUGAGGCAAACCUGUGUUUCUUAGCAUCAGUCAAACUCCAGGGAAGCUUAUGCUGGUGACUGUCUAAAAGGAAACUGUUGCCCAAAGUCUUUUCUCUUUUCUCUGAAUUAAGUUCUGUGCCAUUCAUUUGUGCUUUCUUUUACACCAAAUACGAAAGGGAUCUAGGCUGAGGAGGAACUUGGGACUUCUGCCUGUCCUCUUUUGACUUGUAUUAUUAAAACCUGGGGGAGGGAGGGUCUGAAAUGCACCCAUCCAAAUCCUUAUGUGAUUCCUAAUAUGCAGAGCAAAAGAAGACAUAUUUAAUAGAUGACAUUAAUUCAAUUCAACAUGCAUUAAGCGCCUUCCUUGUGCUAUCUAGGUGUGGCUAUGGGAGAAUAUGAAGACAGAAAAAAGCAUGUGGAUAAUACAAAGACAGAAACCUAACGUUCUCUGCUACCAAGACAUUUAUAUUCUACUGGAGGUGAAACAAAAUAUAUACAAAAUAAUUUCCUUGGGAAAGGAGGAAGAGGAGAACACCAACAACUUGGGCCACUAGGGAAAGCCUUGUCUAAGAGGUGACAGCUGAGUUCAGCCUUUAAGGAAGGUAGAGAUUCCAAGAGAUGGAGUAAGGGAUCAGAUGUCAUGCUUAAUCCUAAGCCUUCAGAGCAGUCUACCAUGUGUGAAAGACAUUGUGCAAAGUCAUCCUCAAAACUUUCUAUGCACAUAGAAGGUAUGCCCUCUGAGAUCCUACUGAAGAUAUUUUCUUACUUGGAUGCUGUUACCCUUUUGUGUAUUGGCUGUGUGAACAAGCGCUUCUAUUCUUUGGCCAAUGACAAUUUUAUUUGGUUCAGAAUCUACUCCGCCUCUUUUUCACCUAAGAGAUCAAACUGGGAAAUGAAUGCAGUAGAAAAGACAGCUGUAUCUUUGAGCCAUACAUCACUUCAUGACAAAGAAACUGGAUACUGGAAGAAAAAAUAUAUUGUGAAACAAAUAGCAGCUGGAAAAACAGCUGUAACUCAGCUUCUCAAACCUGUAAAUCCAUACACAGGUCUGCCAGUGAAGACCAAAGAAGCCCUGAGAGUAUCUGGAUUGAGUUGGGUGAUUGUAUUGAAGGAAAAAAAUGGGAAAGAGUACAUCAUGGAGCAGGCUGAGUUUUCUGUGAAUGACACAUCUGUUACAGUUAUGUGGCAUGGGAAUAAUUGGCCACGUAUAGACAAGCUGGCAACACUAGACUUAUGUGGUGUAACACCAGUUUUUUUGGACCGCUAUAAGGUCCCCACCAAAAAUGGACCUCGAAGGCGUUCCCUAGUUGCUGAGUACAAUCUGACUAACCUAACUAAAUCCACUUCGAUUGGCUCUGACAGACUUAUUCGGACCUUCUGCCUAAACCCAGGGCUUCUAGUUGGUAUAUGGAAGAAAGAGAAGGAAAUGGCUUUUGUUAUGGCGAAUCUUCAUUUUCAUCUACUGGUGGAGAGAAGCACUUUAGGCUCAGCCACUGUCCCUUAUAUGCUGCCGCCUCACAUUCCUUUUCUGGAUGACAUUGACCAACAAUAUGGACUACAUGGUUAUCAGCUCCAUGUUGACAUGCACAGUGGUGGAAGUUCCUACCUUUGUGGUACCUUUCGUAAUCUCUUCAGCAGGAAAGAUUUCAUUAAAAAUGGAUAUAUGAAGCUCAUCGUUAUAAGUUUUAAAAACAAUGCACAGCAUUUACCUCUUAUUGGAAAAGUUGGCCUCUGUUGGAAAACAGAUGUUUUUGCUGGUUGUAUACAGAACUGUUAUAUGAUGGAUGUAACCCUUUUGGAUGAAACAGAGAAACCAUUUUGGUGUUUCAGUUCCCCAGUUUGCAUGAGACCUGCUACCAGACCUUCUGACUUUUUUAAUUACAGAGGACGUCACUUUUACGUAACCUACAUAGACUCAGUAGGAAAAGUGAAUUUGGAGCUGGUCUGGAUGGAGGAGACAGAAGAAUACUAUGUUGUUAGCCUGGCUCUUUACCUAAGAAUAGAAAGAGUAAACAGUUGGUUUGGAACAAACUACUGACCAUCAGCCUGGCAGGAAAUUAUUUUGUUUCUUAUUAGUUUUUUUGUUGUUGGUAUUGUUAAGUUAAAAUAAAACUUGUACCAUGAUUGCAA